GCUGGAUUGGAAGUGGAGCUACCGGGACUCGAGCUGGCGCCCAUAUGGGAUGCUGGCACUGCAGGCGGCAGCUUUAUCUUCUAUAUAUCCUAUAGUCAGGAUGCUUUUAAAGUACACUAUGAGAACAACAGCCCUUUCCUGACCAUCACCAGCAUGACCCGCGUCAUCGAGGUCUCCCACUGGGGCAAUAUCGCUGUGGAGGAAAACGCGGACUUGAAGCACACGGGGGCUGUGCUGAAGGGGCCCUUCUCACGCUACGACUACCAGAGACAGCCCAACAGUCAGAUCUCCUCCAUCCGCUCCUUCAAGACCAUCCUCCCUGCGGCUGCCCAGGAUGUUUACUACCGGGGUGAGAUCAGCAACGUGUCCACCAGCCACCUCCUCAUUUUGGAUGACUCCGUAGAGAUGGAAAUCCGGCCUCGCUUCCCUCUCUUUGGAGGGUGGAAGACACAUUACAUCGUUGGCUACAACCUCCCAAGCUAUGAAUACCUCUAUAAUUUGGGCGAUCAGUAUGCACUGAAGAUGAGAUUUGUGGACCAUGUGUUUGAUGAGCAGGUGAUAGAUUCUCUGACUGUGAAGAUCAUUCUGCCUGAAGGAGCCAAGAAUAUCCAAGUUGAUAGUCCUUAUGAAAUCAGCCGUGCCCCAGAUGAGCUGCACUACACUUACCUGGACACAUUUGGCCGCCCUGUGAUUGUUGCUUACAAGAAAAAUCUGGUAGAACAGCAUCAGGACAUUGUGGCCCACUACACGUUCAACAAGGUGCUCGUGCUGCAGGAGCCCCUGCUGGUGGUAGCUGCCUUCUACAUCCUGUUCUUCACCGUCAUCAUCUAUGUCUGUCUGGACUUUUCCAUCACCAAGGAUCCAGCUGCGGAAGCCAGAAUGAAAGUGGCUUGCAUCACAGAGCAGGUCUUGACCCUGGUCAACAAGAGAAUAGGCCUCUACCGUCACUUUGACGAGACCAUUAAUAGGUACAAGCAAUCUCGGGAUGUCUCCACUCUGAACAGCGGCAAGAAGAGCCUGGAGACUGAACACAAGGCCUUGACCAGUGAGAUUGCUCUGCUGCAGUCCAGGCUGAAGACAGAGGGCUCUGAUCUGUGCGACAGAGUGAGUGAAAUGCAGAAGCUGGACGUGCAGGUCAAGGAGCUGGUGUUGAAGUCGGCGGUGGAGGCCGAGCGGCUGGUGGCCAGCAAGCUCAAGAAGGACACGUACAUCGAGAAUGAGAAGCUCAUCUCUGGAAAGCGUCAGGAGCUGGUCACCAAGAUCAACCACAUCUUGGAUGCUCUGUAGCCCCUGCCCUUGCCUUCAGGGUGGGCCCUGGGAGCCUGCGCUGUAAGAGGGCAGGCAGUGGGCGGAGGGUGGUUUGAACAUAGAGACCAGAGAAGGCUGCAUCUCUAAUUUGCAAAUGGCUUUCAAAGGAAGAGAAGCCAGGCAGUAGAAGAAGCCUGACUCUUUUUUUAAAGUUAAAAAAAAAAAUUAAGUCCCACGAUAACAAAACAUCUUUGUGUUUUGAACAAAGAAAUUUUCAGUAGUUGACUGGUAUUGUUUGAUUCUGAAGCCUAGGGUAUUUUUUAAGCCUGUAAGCACCCUGUUUCAUGCCCUUCUACUUCUUGAUGUUUUGGGUAUUUUGUGAGCGUGUGUGUGUGUGU